AUGGUGUCGAAAGCGCAUGCUUUAGUAAAACGCCCCAAGCAAAAGCCCAAGAACAAGGAUGAAACGCUUGUUCAUUCUUUAACUGGCACUGAUGUUGGUGGGACAGAUAUGAGCCCACCAGUCAAUACGUUACAUCUGGAAUUAUUCCAUCACUUUGUCACUAAUGUCUUAAAUUCUCUUGGCUUCCACAAGUCCAGUUUUGAGAACUCUGCAUUCGAGAUGACGGAAUGCGCGUUGACUGCGCCGUUUCUUAUGAACCAAGUCCUCGCGUUUUCUGCACUACACUUGAGCAUCAUUCGCCCGGAGAAGCAGGAGUUCUACAGAAACCACGCAUCCCAGCUCCAAACACAUGCCCUCUCCGAGUUUAAUGGAGCCAAGCUGGAUAUUAACCCUGACACUUGCCUCCCGAUGUUCCUUUUUUCGUCAGUUCUUGCCAUUCACGUCCUCUCCGAUAAAUUGUUAUAUCGCCCACAUAACUUUGAGGUUUUCCUUGAUUAUUUUAUCCAGUCAUUACGGAUGCAUCAUGGGGUCCGCGCAAUCACCGGCCAAUUCUGGGAUUUGCUUCUAGAGUCGCCGCUCAAAUCCUUUUUGGGAGGCGAAGGCAAGGCACUGGAACAGGCUUCCUCCGGAUAUGAGUGCUCCGAGCUCCUGUCCAAUGUGGACGCUAUGCCGUUCGAUCCAAUUAUCGGCGAUACCUAUCGAAAGGCGAUCGUAGACCUACAGAAGGCUUUUGAUGCAAGCCGCAUUCCCUCGUUGAAGUUAUCCACAAUUGGCCCAGUAAUUUUCUGGCCAGUCACCAUUACUCCCACAUACAUAGAUCUACUCUCGGAACGUCGACCGGAAGCACUUGCCAUCCUCUCCCACUUCGGCGUUCUUAUCCACAGUCACCGUGACAUGUGGAUAUUUGGAGACAGCGGGCUAUAUAUCAUCUCUGCAAUCAAUGAUUACUUAGGGCCUUCGUGGGAAAGCUGGUUGCAUUAUCCAAAUUCAUGCAUUUACAUGUGA